AUGCCGCCGCCCGCCCGUCCCUUCCACCACCUCCUCCUCAUCCUCGCCGCCGUCCUCCAUGCCGCGUCAUCCACGGAGUUAUCCGCAAUCAUGGCGUUCAAGGCCUCCCUCACCAUCCCUCCCACAUCCACCGCUUUCUUCUCCACCUGGGACGCGGCCGCCGCCUCACCCUGCAGCUUCACCGGCGUCACCUGCCGCGGCGACUCCGUCACCGGCCUCUCCGUCCCGGGAAAGAACUUAUCAGCCACCUCCGUCCCGUUCGACACACUAUGCAGCUCGCUCACCUCCCUCACGACGCUCUCCCUGCCGGUGAACGCGCUCGGGGGCGGCAUCGCGGGCGUCGCGGCGUGCGCCGGGCUCGAGGAGCUCAACCUCGCCAUGAACGCCUUCUCCGGCGCCGUCCCCGACCUCUCGCCGCUCACCAGCCUCCGCGUCCUCAACCUCACGCAGAACGCCUUCUCCGGCGCGUUCCCGUGGGCCGCGCUGCGCGCCAUGCCGGGCCUCGCCGGGCUCUCCGCGGGCGACAACCCGUACCUCACCCCCACAGACUCCUUCCCGCCCGAGAUCACCGCGCUCGCCAACCUCACCGCGCUCUACCUCUCGGCCGCCAACAUCGGCGGCGAGAUCCCCCCGGCCAUCGGCAGGCUCACCAAGCUCGUCGACCUCGAGCUCGCCGACAACCGUCUCACCGGCGAGAUCCCCACGACGAUCGUCCAGCUUGUCAACCUCCAGUCUCUCGAGCUCUACAACAACUCCCUCACCGGCACACUCCCGCGGGGGUUCGGCAAGCUAACGAGCCUCCGGUUCUUCGACGCGUCCAUGAACGCGCUCACCGGCGACCUCUCCGAGCUGCGUACCCUCACGCGGCUCGUGUCCCUGCAGCUCUUCUACAACAACUUCUCCGGCGAGGUGCCCCGCGAGCUCGGGGACUUCAGGGAGCUCGUGAACCUCUCUCUCUACACCAACAACCUCACCGGCGAGCUGCCGAGCACUCUGGGCAGCUGGUCGGAGUUCAACUUCAUCGACGUGUCCACCAACGCGCUCACGGGCGCCAUCCCGCCGGACAUGUGCAAGAAAGGCAAGAUGCUGAAGCUGCUGAUGCUGGAAAACAAGUUCUCCGGGGGAAUUCCGGCGAGCUACGCGACCUGCACGACCCUGCUGAGGUUCAGGGUCAGUAAGAACGAGCUGUCCGGCGAGGUGCCCGAGGGAAUCUGGGCGCUCCCCAACGCCGAGAUCAUCGACCUCGAGGCCAACCGCUUCACCGGCGGCAUCGGGGACGGUAUCGGGAGCGCGGCGUCGCUCACCAGCCUCGUCGUCGCCGGGAACAGGUUCUCCGGCGCGAUUCCGGAUUCGAUUGGCGACGCCAGGAACCUCCAGAGCGUCGACCUGUCGUCGAACGAGCUCUCCGGCGAUUUUCCGGCCAGCAUCGGGAAGCUGGUCCACCUCGACAGCAUCAAUAUUACAGCGAACGGGAUAAGCGGAGCCAUCCCGGCGAGCAUCGGCGCGUGCUCGGCGCUCAGCACGGCGUACUUCGCUGGCAACAGGCUGUCUGGCGCGAUCCCGGCAGAGCUGGGCGACCUGUCGCGGCUGAAUUCGCUGGACAUUUCCAGGAACCAGCUCUCCGGCGCCGUGCCGGCAAGCCUCGCCGAGCUGAAGCUGAGCUACCUGAACCUGUCGGACAAUCAGCUCGAGGGGCCGCUGCCGGCGGCGCUCGCCAUCUCGGCAUACGACGAGAGCUUCCAAGGCAACCCCGGCAUGUGCGCCACCAACGGCGCCGGCUUCCUCCGGCGCUGCUCACCAGGAAACCACUCGAGCACGCGCGCGCGCACGCUCGUCACCUGUCUCCUCGCCGGCAUGGCCGUCGUGCUGGCCGUUCUUGGCAUGACGAUUUUCAUCAAGAAGCGGCGCCUCCACCGUGCGCAGGCGGCAGAGGCCGAGGCCAUGGCCGCGGGCGGCAAGCUGUUUGCGAAGAAGGGGUCGUGGAAUGUGAAGUCGUUCAGGAUGCUGGCGUUCGACGAGCGCGAGAUCGUCGGCGGCGUCCGAGACGAGAACCUGAUCGGCAGCGGCGGGUCCAGCAACGUGUACCGCGUGAAGCUGGGCAACGGCGCCGUCGUGGCAGUGAAGCACAUCACCCGCACCCGCGCCGCUGCCUCGAGCACCACCGCUGCCAUGCUGCGGCGUUCGGCGUCGUCGGUGCGGUGUCGGGAGUUCGACGCUGAGGUGGGCACGCUGAGCUCCAUCCGUCACGUGAACGUGGUGAAGCUGCUCUGCAGCGUGACGAGCGAGGACGGCGCGGCGAGCCUACUGGUGUACGAGCACCUCCCCAACGGCAGCCUCUACGAGCGGCUCCACGGGCCAGCGGCGCGCAAGCUUGAGGGUGGCGGGCUCGGGUGGGCAGAUCGGUAUGAGGUUGCGGUGGGGGCGGCGAGAGGGUUGGAGUACCUCCAUCACGGGUGCGGCGACCGGCCCAUCCUCCACCGCGACGUCAAGUCAAGCAACAUCCUCCUCGACGAGGCAUUCAAGCCCCGCAUCGCCGACUUUGGCCUCGCCAAGAUCCUCGAUGACGUCGCCGCCAACAAUGAUGCGUCGUCGGGCGGCAUGGUAGCGGGGACGGUGGGGUACAUGGCCCCGGAGUACGCCUACACGCGGAAGGUGACGGAGAAGAGCGACGUGUACAGCUUCGGCGUGGUGUUGUUGGAGCUGGUGACGGGGCGGGCGGCCAUCGUCGAUGGGAACGACAUCGUGGAGUGGGUGGCGCGACGACUGGAUGGGAGGGAGAAGGCGAUGAUGGUCUUGGAUGGGAAGGCGAUCGCGGAGGAGUGGGAGAAGGAUGAGGCGAUGCGGGUGUUUCGGGUGGCGGUGUUGUGCACGAGCCGGACGCCGGCGAUGCGGCCGUCGAUGCGGUCGGUGGUGCAGAUGCUGGAGGACGCGGUCGUCGGCGGCCGGGAUUACGCCUCCUCUGGCAAAGCCGUGGAGGUCAAGAUCGCCAUCCCCUAGGUAGGCGGAGGCAUGCCCCCUUAACCGGAAAGAAAACCCUAGGCGGGAGUUGGUCAUCUUUGACAACUUAAAUAUUUUGGAUUCGUGGGCACCGUUCGAUUGAAGAACGAACGGCCGAGAUGUAGCAUACAUGUAGAUUGUGUAGUGUGUGUAAUAACAUGUGUGUAGAGGAUGUUGGCAUAAUAGAUACGGAGACAGACAACAUGUACCCGGUACCCAUCUUGUUGAUUAUCAUCGGUCAUUGUUGUGUAAUUUCAUUCACAACUCUUUGAAUCACAAGUGGAGAGUGAGAAGGGGAG